ACCAGGAAGAAAUGCUGGAGCACCCAAGAUCGCUGUCAGGUGCGGAGAAACCUUAGGGUGGCCGUCACUCUUCCGUUGGCUUUGUGGUCAGCGGGGAGCCGGGUUGAUCUGUCCGUCCAUCAGGCUCUGUUGCUGAACCUAACCUCGAUGGCAGCUGGGCCUCGGCACUCCGAGAGGUGUAGCUGGAGAGGGUUCGAAUUUCAGGAGACUCCCACUGGCUGCGCUCACUCUGGACCGGCGGAGGCUGAGGCCCGGGGUCCGCGAACCACGGUUCACUACUUCUGGCCUCGUGGCGGAGGUGCCAGGACUCGGGCUGCGGAGCCUUGCUCCCUGUUCCGCCUUUGCUAUGUCUGAAGGCGUCCUGCUUUGCGCGUGUCGGGGCCAAAUCCAGAUUUUCAUUUCGCUUCAGGCUCGGACGGCUAAGUAGGUCCAAACCGCACAAACAGGAAGGAGGGAAGGCAAGGAGUGCGGGCAGAGGGCGGGUCGUUCCCAGCAGCACCCCAGUCCCUCCCCGUCCCGGUCUCCGACCCACUGGGGCCAGGGCGGGGCGUGCGCGUCAGCUGGGGCUAGAAAAGGCGGCGGUCCGGCCCGGCGAGGUGACAGCCCAACUUGGACGCCAGGUCCGGCCGACGCCGCCAUGAGCGCCGCGCUUUUCAGCCUGGACAGCCCGGUGCGCGGCACACCCUGGCCCACAGAACCUGCCUUCUACGAGCCAGGCAGGGUGGACAAGCCCGGCCGAGGGCCCGAGCCAGGGGAUCUGGGGGAGCUGGGCUCCACGACUCCUGCCAUGUACGACGACGAGAGCGCCAUCGACUUCAGCGCCUACAUUGACUCCAUGGCCGCCGUGCCCACCCUAGAGCUGUGCCACGACGAACUCUUCGCCGACCUCUUCAACAGCAACCACAAAGCGGCCAGCGCGGGCGGCCUGGAGCUGCUGCAGGGCGGCCCUACGCGACCCCCGGGUGUGGGGUCAGUCGCCAGGGGUCCGCUCAAGCGCGAACCCGACUGGGGCGACGGCGACGCGCCGGGCUCCCUGCUGCCCGCGCAAGUGGCGGUGUGCGCGCAGACAGUGGUGAGCUUGGCGGCCGCGGCUCAGCCCACUCCACCCACUUCGCCGGAGCCUCCUCGAGGCAGCCCGGGGCCGAGCCUCGCGCCCGGCACAGUCCGAGAAAAGGGCGCGGGCAAGAGGGUUCCGGACCGCGGCAGCCCGGAGUACCGGCAGCGGCGCGAGCGCAACAACAUCGCUGUGCGCAAGAGCCGCGACAAGGCCAAGCGCCGCAACCAGGAGAUGCAGCAGAAGCUGGUGGAGUUGUCGGCCGAGAACGAGAAGCUGCAUCAGCGCGUGGAGCAGCUCACCCGGGACCUGGCUGGCCUUCGGCAGUUCUUCAAAAAGCUGCCCAGCCCGCCUUUCCUGCCGCCCACCGGCGCCGACUGCCGGUAACGCGCGGCGUGGGCCUUUGAGACUCUGAACGACCUAUACCUCAGACCCCGACAGCGGGGAGCAGACGCCGCCCGAAUCGCUAGUUUCUUUGGGACCUGCGAGCGACAGGAAGCUGCAGCUUGGGCACCGGACUGCGAGAGAAGCUAUAUUAAUCUUUCCCCCUUAAAUUAUUUUUUAUAAUGGUAGCAUUUUCUACGUCUUAUUACCAUUGCAGCUAAGGUACAUUUGUAGAAAAGACAUUUCCGACAGACUUUUGUAGAUAAGAGGAAGAGACUGCGCAUGCUUUUUAUAUUCAUUUUUACAGUAUUUGUAAGAAUAAAGAAGCAUUUAAAUCGCUGCAGCUUCCUAUAUUCAUUCUCUCCCGCACACAACAUACUGAGACUUCACCAGGGAAAAGCAAGUACCUGGGAGCCACCCGACCAGGGUGACGACGCAGCUGCUCUGCUGUGUAGUGAUGGACUGGACAAAGCAGAGUAAAGGUCCCAUCUCCUUUCCAAGGACGCUCUCCACUUUAUAACUCUGCAGUGAUAGAAGCAUUCUGGUUAAAGCAAACAGCCCUGGGUUCCUGGACAUUCUGUUCCCAACGAGGCCACAGCCGGGACAAAGGUCCUUCCUUUCAUAAGCUGCAGCCUUCCUUCCAACGGAAAAGGCUUUGGGGUGGGAGUUGGGGUAUGUGGAUUAUAAAAAUCCCCUUUAUCAGAGCAAAAUAAACUACUUUAUUAUGA